AUGACAACACCAAAGAAAUCAGUGGAGCGGUGGAGUGAUGAUGAUGUGUCGGCGCUUCUGGAUAUAUACGCGGACGACGCGAUCCAGGGACUUCUGCUGAAGGCAUUUUCCAACGCGAAAAUGUAUGAGUGUAUUUCGCAAAAGUUAGCGGCCAUCGGAAUCGUCCACAGCGCUAAAUCAUGCCGGGACAAGAUAAAGAAACUGAAGCAGGACUACAAAAAAAUAAAAGACCACAACAACAAGAGUGGUAACGGUCGGAAGACCAGCAAGUGGUACGAUCGUUUGGAUGCUCUGCUUGGCCACAGACCCUCAUUCUCCGGUACCGCAAAGACCAUCGCUUCUAGCACGAUGGGGUGGGAGGUUGAAUUGUCCAAGGACGACGACGAAUUAGGCAAUGUGGUGUUUCCCAUGGAAUUUGACAUCAGUGAGCUUUCCCCUCCGGAAAUCCACGGUAGCGCCUCCUCAUCUCCCUUUCCAACAACCAAACGCAAAGGAAAGAGGACACGGGAUGACAGCUUCCUGGACACCAUCAUGGUGAUGGAUGACCGGCGUGCCUUGGCUAGCAAGGAAAAUGAGGACCGGCAUGCCAUGGCCAACAAGGAGAUGCACGACGAACGGCUGCUGCAUGCACACAAGGCCCAGGAAUCGCAGGACCAGCUUCUAAAGGUGAUGGCUGACUCGGCGGCGCGCCAGGUGGAGGUGGCGGCGCGCCAGGUGGAGCAACAAAAUAGCUUUCAGGCUGGGCUUCUGGGAGUGGGAGGGGGACGUGGAGGUGUGAGACUGAAGCUGUUGGGAGGUGUCACGGGGGAUGGUGUCAGGACUGAACUCUUUGUCUUCAAAUCUACAGUAGAACUAAUUCAAAUCGUUUGCAAGGCGUCGGUCGUUCAUAGAGUGAGGCAGUGA